UGCAAUUCUCAUCUCUUCUUUCAUCCACACUUCAUCCCCAACUUCCCAAACCUCAUCCCAGUCACACUGGAAGCCUCACCCCAACACCAGACCGCACCACCCAACCAACAUGUCUGCCGUUCAGCUUCCUCCAGCCUCCAGCCAGCUAGCCUUGAACGAGCUUGGAUACCCUAUCUUCCCUCCCCGCCUCAGACUUCCACCCUUCAGUCCCAGGUGGAACUAUUCCCAUGUAAAAGCCCUCCUGGAGAGGGCCAAGAUGGUCGACUCUGGCAUUACCGCCGAUGACCCCGCCCCCACCUAUAGACCCGAGGAGGUACUCCACCAAGCCUACCUCGCGUCGCGUAGCACAUACUCCAUGAUCGAAAGCCCCAGGGCUCACCCCGAGGAGAUGGUGUUGCCCUCUUGGUCCCCCGCUUCGCCUGUCUGCUGCCCGGCUUCUCCUGUCUACUGCCCGGCUUCUCCCAUCUACUGCCCAGCGUCUCCCGUCUACUCUCCCGCUUCACCCACCUUCUCUCUAUUCUCGCCUGUAUACUCUCCGGCCUCUCCUGUAUACUCUCCGGCCUCUCCGGUGUACACCCCUACCUCACCCGUCUUCAACACCACCAGCACUGAGGUAGUCGACGAGACUUUGUGGCUGCCUGGAUCCCUGUUCACCGAGAGCCCCGAGUCCAUCUGUGAGGUUCUGUGCGUAAAAGAAGACUGGGACGUUGAGGAACUCGUUCUCCCUCCCGCCGUCUGCGAGGGCAUCGACCCUCUCCGAGCUCCUUGUCUCAUUGACCAGGAGAGCUUCGAGCAAGGUGUCGACUCUUGGGUCUGCCCAGGCUCCCCCAUUCCCGCCUCCGGCAUCACCGACUUCAACACCGAGGGUCGGGAGCGAGGUGCAUCUCUCGGAGCUGAGGAGACUUGGGCUGCCUCCUUGACCGUGUACAGCGCGAGUCCCGAGAGUGUCCCUUGCCCUCUUUUGGGGAAAAGAAAGGUCGAGGAGAUCUUGGAGGAGGCUGCUGCAGAGGGACUCGAGUUGCCCUCCCGCAAGAAGGUCGCUCUUCUCAGGAGUAGCCUUUAAACUGGCUCGGAGCAUCGAUUCCUCCCCCAUCAUAUCGCCUUUCUUUCGAAGGUCGUUGCGGAUGUGUACAAAGAGCCAUAUGAGCCGACACAGAUUUCUAGAAUGACGGACUGUUUCCCGAACCAUUAAUCAGGCAGUUUCUAUAGGCCAAUCUUCAUUUUCUAGUAUGGACAGAUAUAGUACGCACAAUGUAUAAUGAUUAUGGAUGACGAUCUGGUGAAGAUUAAGCCACUAACUCUGCAAGUCAUCCGGAUUUGAAUGAGCAUUCAGCAAAUGAUGCAGACAUACA